AUGCAUUUACACAGCUUUAAAUUAGUUCUACUGAAUCAAAUCUAUUACUCGCUGCUCCUAGUGACCAUCUCGCAAAUUGUCCACACCAGCCACAUAAGGGAAAUAUGCGAAAAGCGAGACAUUUUCUUCGAUCCGUUCCGAUGUCAGCUGUACGAGCUGGACCUGCUGGAUGAACCCAUCACCUAUCUGCUGUACGAUGUGAAUCCGAGCGAAGGCUUUAAUCUGCGUCGGGAUGUUUACAUCAGGAUGGCUGUGUUUCUGGAGUUUCUCCGAACGCAGCGUGGUUACCGGCGGGCGAAGCUGGUCCUACCGCCCUGGUCGAAUCUGGUGCACUGGCGCAGUCACAACAUCGACCAGACGCAUCUCUUCUGGAGCCAUUUUUUUGACCUGCAAAGCAUGAAGCGCUAUACCAACGUUAUCGAUAUGGAUGAAUUUUUCGCCGAGUACGAGCGGCUGCACGGUACCAACGCGGGCGUGGUGCUGGACGAAGUGUACAAGCUGAAACAUUUCGACAACAUGUUCGAAAAUGGGAUGUUUAUCGACAAAUUCGAGGAGCACGUCUGCCCGAAAAGCCACGAGUACGAUCCAGGACUUUCAGCACUGGCGUACCUCGGGUACGGUAACUUCACCUGCGAGCAGGUCACCUGUCUACACUUUCAGGGCAGUGCGAUGCUGCUACACAAGCUGCUGGAAACGUACAAAUCGCAACGAUCCCACACCCGCUACGUUCUGGUUCUGAAUGCGGAAAUUGUCUUGCACGAUCUGUGGGGCAACGUCGACUACUGGGAGGCACGCCGUUCAAUGCGCUUCGCCAACGAAUUAAUCGAAGUGGCGGCACGCUUUCGUGCCGACCUGCUUAACUCAUCCGACCAGCAGGAUCGUACGCUAAGACCGGCACGGUGGACGGACGAACGUGCACACCGUACGGCACGCGGCGGUGACUACUUGUGUGCCCACAUCCGGCGGGCGGAUUUUUUGUACGGCCGGGACAAAACGACACCGACCAUACAGUCGGCCGCGCUCCAGAUACGUGCGAAGUUGCUCGAGCUGGGCCUGAAAACGGUGUUCGUUGCGUCCGACUGUUCGCGGAUGGAGUUUUACAACUUGAAAAACUAUCUCAAACGGUUCCGGGUGGUGCGGUUCGUGCCGGAAAGUUACGAGCAGCGGCACGCGCUCAAGGACGGUGGCAUUGCGAUAGUGGAUCAGAUCGUUUGCUCCCACGCUCGGUACUUUAUCGGUACGUACGAAUCGACCUUCACGUACCGCAUCUACGAGGAGCGGGAAAUUAUCGGCUUUCCGAAGGAUCUGACCUUUAACACGUUCUGCAAGAGCGAGAAGGAUAUGAACUGUGAGAAAAAUACCGUCUGGCCGAUAGUGUAUCAUUAG